CUGCAUGACUCCACUUGGUCUAUCCCAACAUUUACAUCUAGAGCCUUUACAGAAAAAGACGCUUACCAGGUCUUCCUGUUAUAGUCAUCUCUCAUCACCAUGGCCCGCUCCAAACGAAAAACCAAGGAAGAAGACCUCGCUCGCGUGCGGAAUAACCAGCGCCGCUCGCGAGAGCGCAAGAAGGCACAUGUCGCGGAAUUGGAGGACAAGGUGCAGCGACUGGAAGCUGCAGUGGCAGUUGCUGACGCAUCAGUGGCGACCGAGGCGCCCAGUCUCGAGAUGGAGAAUCGCUUUCUGAAGGGGUUGUUGGAGUCUGUUGGGUUUGAGCGCGGGGUACUUGAGGGGUAUUUGCAGGGUUUGCUACGGCAGUAUUCGCCUUCUAGAGAUUCGGGGGGCCCCGCUAUUUAUGGCACAGGAUAUGUGGAUCAGGUUGGAGGUGUAGCGACAAUGGAGCCCGAUUCCAGCGCUCUAAAUCCCGAACUGUUCGGCGCGCUUGACCUCGACUCGACUCGGACCCCCCAAUCAGUGGAUCUGCCGCUCAACAUGGUUCACAACCAGGUUAUACAACCCAACACUGGGCUUACAAUGACCGAGGACCUGGUGGGGGUCAUCUCACGUCUGGACGGAGAAAUACCGGAUCCGAACAACUCCGUAAACAGCGAGACGACACUCUGUAGCGUCGCGUUUCAUCUGAUUAUCCAAUGCAACCGCACAGGGAAAGACGUGCUACAGAUCGAAACUAGGCUGCGAACUGGAUAUAAGAUGCCGACUUGUCCGGGAGAGGGAUGUCGUGUUGAUAAUAUGAUUCUUUUGGGCGUCCUUGCUGAGCUUGUUUGAUGCUAGUGAUGCGAUAUGAUAGUAGGGUGUAUAUUUAGUAGUAUAUGUGUGGAUAAUGUUUCUGCUGACACUAGUUAACGACCAAUGCUAAGCUUGUGACCUAAA